AUGGUAAAUAAUCCGGCGACGUCGCGACCCGAGAAGGACGCGCGGGGCGACGCGCGAGCGACGAACUCGCGCGAUCGAGACGGAAAACGCGCGCGGGGGACGAUCGAUCGAGCGCGCGCAUCGGCGCGUCGCGCUCGCGUCGAUCGCGCGCGCGCCCCGCGCGCUCGGACGCCGGCCGGGGGGCGGAUAGGUUUUCUCGCCCGCGAUCGAUCGACAGGGAACGUUUUCCCCGUGAAAAAGAAUCGAAUCGAUGCGAGCGGCGCGCACCUUCUUGAGGCCGUCGAGGGACGCGACGGGGGCGACGGCCUUCUUGGAAGACACGACGACGGGCGCCUUGACGGCGACGGCGGAGCCGAGGAAGGUGGAGGUCAUGGCGGCCAUUUUAACGUGAGAGGUGCGUGUUACGGUGAUACGUAG